UACUGUCGAUUAAAGUGCAGGGAAGUUUGUGCGCUGGAACACGAUGUCCCUGCUGGCAAUGACCAUUUAACUGAGUGAUCUUGUUCUUCAUUCAGCAAGGGUGAGAGUCGUGCUUGUCAAAGACUUUCUCAAAACAAAUAGGUCCCACUUUCCUCUUUCCCUUUUCCCGGAGAGUGUGGAGCACUGAGAAAGGCUGGCGCCGGGCGAGCUGAGAGCUACAUGUGGGUGUGCAUGCGUCUGGGCGGGCUUCGGCAGUUCACCCACUAUGCGCUACUUUCGUUGACUGUGCUGAUUGCACAGCUAGUCCCCCGUCUACUGCCGUGACUGCCUCCGUGCAGGCUACAGAUGGUGUGAGGAAUCGGGAAUAGUCUGGUCGAAUCAAUUUGAUUCCGUCCUCCGUGUCUACACUCCGUAACCAGGAGAAGGGUACUGUUCAGACGCAACGCGCACUCACGGAUCGCGCCUGUGGCUGGUUGGAUUGCUGGACGAAUUAAAUAAAUCUGAGGCAAAUUAAAGUCCAGGCGUGAUAAUGGAUGAACAGUGUGCGCCCCUCGGAGGCCCCCAUCCCAUUGCUGGACAGUCCAGCACAGACAGAUUGACCCGGGCUAGUGUGGUCAGGUGUGGCUGGCUCAGGAAACAGGGGGGCUUUGUGAAAACCUGGCACAGCCGCUGGUUUGUAUUGAGAGGGGACCAACUCUAUUACUACAAAGAUGAAGAGGAGACCAAAGCACUGGGAACUAUUUUCUUGCCUGGAAACAAGGUAACAGAGCAUCCUAACAGCGGAGACGACGGAGGAAAAUUUCUGUUUGAGGUCAUUCCAGGAGGGGAAAGAGAGCGGAUGACAGCCAACCAUGAGACUUACCUGCUCAUGGCCAGCUCACAGAAUGACAUGGAAGACUGGGUCAAGACGAUACGCAGGGUCAUCUGGGCACCUUUUGGUGGAGGUAUCUUCGGUCAGAAGUUAGAGGAGACUGUGCGAUACGAGCGACGUUUUGGGAACAAACUGGCUCCAAUGCUGGUGGAACAAUGCGUGGAUUUCAUCCGACAGCGGGGGCUUCAGGAAGAGGGACUCUUCAGGCUCCCAGGACAAGCUAACCUGGUCAAAGAUCUGCAGGAGGCCUUCGACUGUGGAGAAAAGCCCUCUUUUGACAGUAACACUGAUGUGCACACAGUGGCUUCACUUUUAAAGCUGUAUCUCAGAGAGCUGCCUGAGCCUGUGAUUCCUUUCCACAACUAUAAUGAAUUUCUGGCUUGUGCAAAAGUGCUCAGCAAAGAUGAAGAAGAAGGAAUAAAGGAGUUAAGAAAACUUAUUGACAGUCUACCUCCAGUAAAUUACAAUCUCCUCAAAUACAUCUGCAGGUUUUUAGAUGAAGUGCAGUCAUACUCAGGAGUGAAUAAGAUGAGUGUGCAGAAUCUUGCAACAGUGUUUGGACCCAAUAUAUUGCGACCCAAAGUGGAAGAUCCAGUAGCUAUCAUGGAAGGUACUGUCUUGGUUCAGCAGCUAAUGGCUGUUCUGAUUGGUCGCUAUGACGUUCUCUUCCCUCAUGGCGAUGACAGCCCCACAGCUCUAGAGCUUGUAAACAACAACAAUAUUGAACUUUCUCAGCCACAGGUGCCCACAACUACCUCCUCCAACACCCUGGUGUCUCAGAAUGCUGAGAACAACAAUGUGCAGGUGUCUCGACAGUGUGUAUGGGAAGCCUCAGACUCUCCUUCUCACAAACACUCAGACAACAGCAGCUCUCCCAGAUCUGCCAGUCCUCAUAAUGGAGUGACAGCACACUUUGACAUCACCCGCAGCCCACCUCUGACUGUGAAAAAGAACUCUGCAUUUGGUAAAGGCAGUGGGAUUGUUACAAAUGGGUCCUUUAGCUCUUCCCCCUCCUCAGACCCCACUCUGGACAAGUUGCUGAUUGGGGGCGGGACUUUAACAGGACGCCGGACUGGCACAAUCAAAGGCUCAGGUACAAAGAUGGGCACUGGUGGAGUGGCAAGUGCAAACAACACUGGAGGAAAUGUGCGUAUGGGUGUUUUGAGCACAGACACUGGCAACUUCCGAAAUGCACAUUGGAUUUCAAAUGGCUGCGUGACUUUACGUGACAACAAUAAAGUCACUAUUGAUCAAAUGUCUAAUCAGAAUCGUCUCUCUACGUAUGACAAUGUCCAAGUAAACCAUCAAAAUGUGCUGCAGCAAAACCAACUCAACAACACCUGCCUGAGCAGCAGCUGUGAAGACAAGCAGAGUGUAGACAGCGCUACCUGGUCCACUUCGUCAUGUGAGAUCUCUCUGCCAGACAACUCCACCUCCUGCCGCUCUUCCACCACCACCUGUCCUGAGCAGGACUUCUACACAAGCCACUUUGAGGACCUGGAUGCACCAGGACAGAAAACAGAGACUGUCCCAUCAGCAGCGGCAGAGGGGGACCGGAGUAGCCUUAGAGAGGGGGAAGGUGUGGGCAGCAACAGUCGAGGCUCCACUAGUAGUGAUCAUGCUGACUCAUUCACUGGACCCAAUGGAGUUGGGAGUCACAGUGCUCUGCACAGCCUUGUGGCCAGCCUCAAACAAGAAAUGCACAAGCAGAAGAGUGAGUAUGAGGCCAGGAUUAAGAGCUUGGAGCAGCGUAACCAAGAGCUGGAGACAGAGAUGGUGAACCUUCAUGAGGAGUUGGACCAGGAGAGGAAGAAGUACACCAUGGUAGAGAUCAAACUGCGUAAUGCAGAAAGGGCGAAGGAUGAUGCUGAGCGCAGAAAUCAGAUGUUACAGAAAGAGAUGGAGCAGUUCUUUUCCACAUUCAGUGACCUGACAGCAAACAGUAGCCCAGCCACUGAGCACAGGAGAGCAGAUCGCAACAACACCAUUUGGAUCCAGUAGGUCAAAGACACUGAGGGACAUGGUACUUUACCUAAAUAUUGUUUAUUGUUGAUCUGAGUAUCUCCAAACGGGAUUUGGUGGUUGCUCUUUUUACAAUGUAUAGUGUUUAAACUAUUAAAUUAGGGGAAAGACCUUAAAUAUGUUAAAAUCACCUGGGGUGAUUAUAGUACACUGUUAUUUACAAUGUCAUUGUCAAGUUAAAAGGAUACUGCAGCAAGUCGGAAGAUUCAGCAUUUUACUUCAAAGGGAUAGAUUGGUCCAAUAAAAUGACCAGCUUUAGGUGCUAAAUGUAUCCCUCUUUGUUGCCUGUUCAUGUACAUAUUGGGAAACAGUGAAAAUAUGUGUCAAACUGAAUAUAAUACAUAGAUGUCUAUGUGAGUUAAGAUAUGUUCCUUGCACUUAUAUGUGUCUUUGAAACUGAGUGGAGUGGUACUGUGUACAGUAUAGGCACCUGUGCUAUGUGCUGCUGCAAUAACUUUAUGACCAAAAGAGCCCAUACUGUAAAUAUUGUAUAGAAUACUGGAAUGGCACGUUUUAUCAUAUGUGGAUAAGAUUGUUUCAUGUUUUAUAGUUUGCAAAAAUCUUGCACGAUGAGCCAUUGAUGACAAAAUACAGUACGUGUAUCAUGUUUCUUCAUUCUCUAUGGCAAAAAUGUCAUAUAUGAUGUAUACAAUACUAUAAUACAGUGUAUAAAAUAGAUGAUUUUAAGGAGCGGCAUGCCAUAUUUGAGUUCCACAUUUAAAAAAUUGAAUCUAUUAGAUAAGUUCUUCUGGGAAAGAAAAUUCAAUGCACAAUUGGCUCUCAAACACUUUUGGAUGUAAUUGCAUUUUGAAAUGUAGCUUGAAACCAAACUGAAUGCUUCAAAAUAUUUUGAGUCUAAGUAGCCUAUAGUGACAUUUUCUUUUUUUGUCCUGCAGUCAGUAAGUUGCAAGUGUCUCUGCCGAUUCCAUUGAAGUGUAAACUAGAAGGAAGCAAUACUUGAGACUGAGUUUAAAGAUAUCUUGUUAUAAAUAAAGUCUAAAUUAAAUGCUGGUCUGGACUAUUUUAAUCUUAAGCAAUACUACUUGACCUCCAGUGCACCCAGAUUUAAAACAGGUAUCAUAUAAAGUCAUAUUACAUUUGAAGUAGCUUAUACAAUUAAAAAAUACACAAUCAUUAAUGUGAAAAUUGUAUUUUAUUAUGGCUACUUUUUAUAAUAAUGCAAAAUAAAUCAUAAAUGAAACAGACAUAGCCCAAGUUCAAAGAUUUUG